AUGUUAUAAGGCUACAACUUUUACUAAUCUUGCAACUUCUAAAGGCGAUGUCAAAAUUUAUACAUAUACAUAAGAAGAAAAACAAGAUAGAAAAGUAAAAUUAGGACCAUGCUGAAAAUAUAAUAGAAAACGGUAAUAAUAAUUGCAAGCAAAGAAAAAAUAGGUAUGCACAUACGAUAUGUGUCCAUUAGGAUAGAUAGAUGUCCAUACGACCAAAAACGAAGUGUACACAACCUCUUUUUAUCUAAUCUUAUUGCCUCAUAUAUCGAAGAAAAAGUAACACGAAAUUACAAAGGGCAGCAACACACACACACACACAAAGCUGUGUGAAAUCGGAAAAUGAUGAAAACAUCAAUUAAUAAGAAAAUGUAAAGAAAGAAAGAGGAAAGGGUCAAGAGAGCAUAUAUUCCCUUCUCCAACAAAACCCCACUCAUGUUUCCAGAUAUGGAGUGAAAGAAGCAAUAAAAAGAACAACAUCAACCACUCCACAUAUUUAUAUAUUAACCUCCAUAUAGCUUUGCCAACAAACCCAACAAUCUUUGAAAACAAAUAACCCUUUCAUUUUAUAUUUUAUAUUUCUUGGGGUCGUUUGAUCUUAAUGUUUAUUAGAGAGAGAUUUGUAUGUGUUUGUUAAUGGCGAGCAACACUAAUAAUGGUAAUAAUCAGAAGACAAAGAUGAGUCUUGUGUUGUCAACAGAUGCUAACCCUAGAUUAAAAUGGACUUGUGAGCUUCAUCACAGAUUCGUCGAAGCCGUUAACCAGCUCGGUGGACCUAACAAGGCAACACCUAAGAGUUUGAUGAAGGCUAUGGAGAUUCCUGGGCUUACCUUGUAUCAUCUCAAGAGCCAUUUACAGAAAUAUCGACUAGGAAAGAGCCUGAAGUUCGAUGAUAACAGGCUAGAAGUUUCAUCAGCUUUAGAAACCCAAGAAGCUGAGAGUGGGAACUAUUCUAGAGAUUUCAGAGGCAGUGUCAACGAAGAAAACAACAAUCCAGCUAACGAAGGCUUGAAGAUCACCGAAGCUUUACAACUGCAGACGGAAGUUCAGAAGAAACUUCAUGAACAAAUCGAAGUUCAGAGGAAUUUGCAAGUGAAGAUUGAGGCACAAGGAAAGUAUUUACAGUCAGUUUUGAUGAAAGCUCAACAAACUCUCGCUGGCUACACAUCUUCCACUCUUGGUAUGGACUUUUCGAGAACCAAGCUCUCGAGAUUUGCUUCACUGGUGAAUCCGAGUUCUUCGUUCUCGGAGUUAACGCAGGUGGAAGAAUACGAAGAAGAAGCAGAGGACGCACGAGAAAGUUUCUUGUAUCGCAAGAAAACAGAAAAUAGAGGAAUUAAACUGCUGAGAUGUUCAGUUGAGAGCUUCUUGGAAUCUUCAGAAAGCUCAGAGACAAAACGGAAUAAUGAUAAUGAUGAGAGAAUAUCGGUGGAGCUUCCGUUGAUGGAGAUCAAAUCAGAAGUGAUGACGAACAAGAAGAAGAGAAACCAUAACGACGUCGUUUGCAUGGAAUGUCAGCUGCUAAAGAAGAUAGAUUUUGAAGUUGAUGAUGAUGAGCAGGAGUUGAAGCUGAGUUUGAAUAGUUACAAAAAAAAUUAUGGGGACGUGCCCGAACCGAAAAAAAGACUAGGGUUUAAUUGAGAAAACAUAUGCGUAGAUUUCCAUUGAUAUUUUUAAAGUAAAGAUUCUGCGAGUAAGUCGGGGUGAAGAACGCAUGGGAAUAUUCUAUCUGAGUCAACAUGAUUAUUACAUAUGCUUAGAAAAAUGUGUGCACAGAGUAUGUGGGGAGGCUUUUGAAUGUGGUAAAGGCGGAUUUGAGGGGAACCUUUUAUGAUCAAUGAAAGAUGCAAAAUGAUUAAUGUUCCGACGAUGAUGGCUUUUAUAGUGAGCUUUUAUCAUUAUGUCCUCGGUAACAUGUUCAAAUACCUUAAUUAUUCUAUUAAUUAGCCAUCUUGAAGUUUUCUUUGGAACCCCAUGAGAAAGUGGUAAUACUAGUUAAGUAGUUAUAGUAUGUGUAACAUAGAGGAACGAGAGUCAUGUGCUCAUGGAAACGAGGCUUAUAAGUUUGUAUUCCAAAUGAAGAUGAUUAUAUCUAUGUACAUAAUUAACCCAUUCGAAUUGCGGUGGCUUGGAUCAUCAUCUUUUUUUUUGAAAAGUGGCUUGGAUCAUCUUCUGUGAGAUAAUUGGUUGGAUAACCUUUUUGUUUUGAACAUUUUGGAAAUUACAUUUUUAUCUUUUUGAGAAGAAACAAAAAAAAAAAAACAACUUCAACUUUGUUUUCACGGGUUUUACUCCUUAAUUGACAAAAAAGUUUUAUUUGCUGGUGCCACAAACUUACAUCUAAUUUGAUAUAAACUUGGAGUUGACACAGUUUAAUUUACUUUUGAGUUCAGAAAAAAAUUUAUCGGUAUUAACACUCAUUAAAAGGAAUUUCUUAAAAUGAACAUGUUUCAAAAAUUUAAACAAAUUUAUAAAAAUAGAAAGUUAUAUAAUAUUUUGUUAAACAACUUUUGUUGUCUCUAAUAAUAUGAAUAUUGUUUAUAACGUUAUACUAUUGAAACUCCUACGGACGGACACACACUUUCACUAGAGCAUAUAUUACAAUUUACAACCAACAACAUUUGUAUUUUCUUGGUCGUGAUCUUAUCUUAUACCUCCGCCUUUAAAACAUAAAGACAAAGUCAGAAGAAAAAAUGAACUCAAAGAUAUAUAGGAUGAAAAUUUGCUUUUAUCAAGAUAUAAGCUCCAGAAAUUUCAAAAAUGAUACGUGGGAAAAAUAUGAAAACUGUUAUUAAGGAAAUUGUGCAGAAGAUGUUGCCUGGAUAUGGAAACAGAACAACACAUUUUCUUGGAAUGUCCAUUUGCAAAAAUGUUGUGGAGAGCCUCAGGAAUAUCAAAUACAGUGAUAAAUAGUUCAAACGCCACUUUGGAUGCCAAGAUCGAAGUUUGCUUGACUUGUUGUUCAACUCGGAUGUCUCAUUUACUGAAGCUGCUAUUUAGAUUCUUCGGAGAUUAUGGAAGAGUAGGAAUAAUUUAAUAUUUCAGCAAAAACUGAUGCAUUGGAAAACAUUACUACAAUUGGUGAAAUGAUGUGAAAGAAUGGAAAGAAACGAAUUUGGCGGAACCUAUCAUACAUACAUCUGGUCGUGACCCUCUUUACAGUAGAUCAGCUCAUAAGCUUUGGAGAAGCCCCCCUGAAAAAUGGAUUAAAUGCAAUGUAGACGAUUCUUUUGUCGACGUAACGGUACAGAGUAGAGAGCAUGAUGGGUUUUGAGAUGAAACAGGAAGUUACAAAGGCUCGGAGAGCGUCGGAAGGUAAGUGCAAAGUCCACUAGAAAGUGAAUUACAAGCUAUCUUGAUGGCUAUUCAAUUUUUUUGGUCUAAAGGUUAUGAUUGAAAGUGACUGCAAAAAGGCUGUUGACAUAAUUCUCAACCGAGCUUCACACUUUGGAUUACAUAACUGGAUACGAGAGAUACACUGGUGGAUUACAAAGUUUGAAGGUGUGAAGUUUCAAUGGAUUCUGAGGGAAGCAAAUCGGGUGGUAGACAGACUUGCAACAGAACAACAACAACUUUCUCUGUCCUUCAGUUUUCAUUUUAUGUGUCAAUAUCAUCUCUAUUACAUGCAGACUGUAGAUUCUCAAUAUCAUUUAUCAAAGUAAGCUAUUAUAAAAAAAAGACUCAUGCAUGGAUUUUACUUCAUUCCUUAGACUCAUUUUAAGUAGAAACUAACGUGAAUAUAUUAUCGAAUCUGUGUGACAACCUAAAGGAGAAGAUCGUACUUGUCUACUUGAUUCAUUUGAGGAUAUAAACAACUCAAUAAGGUCACCGAAUAUUUUGAGAGGCUGAGAGAAAUAUAAAGUGAAAAUGGACGAUUGUUUUCAUUCUCUCAUCCGAUUCCAAAGCAUAUGUUCAAAAAACAUAUAGCCAAAAUCUUAUUUUGUCUAGAUUCAAUUAUUUUUCCUUCACAUUGUUCUAAGUAUAAUGUGAAAAUGUUCACGGUAUCUUCCAAGUCAUGUAAUCAUGGCUCUGAUAUAUGCUGUGUAAUGGUCACUGUGGUUGAAAUCUUCUAAUAGAAUUCGUGAAUAUAAAUGUCGUAAAUUUGGUGGUAAUUUCAAAUGGUGUUUUAGUGAUAAGAAGAUAACAAAUGAUGUUUCAAAAUAUUUAUUUUCUGGAUUUGAAACAUAUAUCGAUGGUCCUUUUUGCUAAUUAAACAUUUUCCAAUGUGAGAAUUUACUGAAAGUUAGAGAAUUAAGAAUACCUAUCAGGCUAUCACCGAACUUGGUCUGGGAGAAAGCAUUAAUGUUAUAUAUCACAUUAUCACUUGUACUUGACUGAGGUAAAACGAGACUGCCUCCACCUUCGCAUCCUAUGUGGAUCCAACUUCAGGCACGUUCUGCUCACGUGUUAUCUGUUUGACUUAUUCGAAUUUACCACAAAAAUAUGUCGGAAGGGUAAAUAAAAUAAUGAUUACGGUAAAAACAAUUUUUCAUUAAAACCAUAAUUUAGUUAAAUAUUAUUAAAAGUCAAAUACCAUGCCCAUUUGGAACAUUUUGUAAUAAAAGAAAAAAAGAGAAUACACAAU